AUGGGCUGGCCUUUGGGCAGCUUGCCCUUGUUCACCAAGGAAGAUUUCGAAGGGGACUGGCACAAGGUGGCCAGCGGGGGCUUUGGCCAGGUGUUCCUGGUGAAGCACAAGCGAUGGAAGACCACCUUUGCAGUCAAGUGCUCCCCUGGCCACCUGCAGGAUACCAGCUGGGACAGCAUGAACUGUCUCAUUGAAGAGGCGGCCAAGAUGGAAAAAAUCAAGUUCCAGCACAUUGUGUCUAUCUAUGGCGUAUGCGACAGUCCCUUGGGGAUCGUGAUGGAAUACAUGGUCAACCAGUCCUUGGAGAAGAUCCUUCCCACCCACCAGCUAUCCUGGCAACUCAAGUUCCGGAUCAUCCAUGAGACGAGCCUGGCAAUGAAUUUCUUGCACAGCCUGAAGCCGCCUCUGCUUCACCUGGACCUGAAGCCAGGAAAUAUCCUAAUGGACACCAAUAUGCAUGUUAAGAUUUCAGAUUUCGGGUUAUCCAAAUGGAUGGAGAAAUCAAGUCGGAUGCAGAACAUUGAGCGGUCAGCCCUGAAGGGCACUUUGAGUUACAUCCCACCUGAGAUGCUUCUUCAGAGCACUAACCCACCUGGAAACAAAUUUGAUGUCUACAGCUUUGCGAUUGUCAUCUGGGAGAUUCUUACUCAGAAGAAACCAUACUCAGGGGCCAGUAUGAUGGCCAUUAUAAUCCAUGUGGCAGCAGGCAAGCGUCCGUGCCUGGAGGCCAUCUCUGAAGACUGGCCAGGAGAAUGCCAACAGAUGGUCGAUUUGAUGAAGAGAUGCUGGGACCAGGACCUCAAGAGAAGGCCAAGCUUCACAGAUGUCCUGCUGGAGACAGACAUGUUGCUCUCCUUGAUCCAGAGCCCCCUGGUGGAUCCAGAAAAAGAGCACCUCUCUAGAAAAGUGUCAGUUAAACCACCCUUCUGUGUCAGAAAAGAGGUCUGCAUUACCAACAAGAGUCAUACAGAAGAAUCUGAUCUCUCUCAGGGAGCAGACAGCAGUGAUGCUGAAACUGAUAAGGAGCAGUUUUACAGUUCCUUUCAGAAUGAGGCUGAAAGCCUGGAAGCCUGCUUAACGUCUGAAGAAGCUAGUGAGACCCAUGGCACCAAUCCUGCAUUGCUUCACCUCAUGAUUGCUCAAGGGAAUGUGGGGAAAGUGAAACUCCUCUUGACCCAGGGGGCUGAUGUGAACAGGAGGACCACCUGUGGCUACACUCCCCUCAUCCUGGCUGUCCUGAAGAGGUCCCUGGAGAUCAUUUCGCUCCUCAUCAACCAUGGCGCAGAUAUCAACAGGACUGAUGAGGAAGGCUGGUCACCUCUUCACUUUGUGGCUCAGAACGGAGAUGACAGAAUCGCACGCCUCUUGCUUGACCACAAGGCCAACACUGAUGCCCAAGAACUUGAAGGGUGGACAUCUCUUCACUUGGCCUCUCAGAACAACUUUGAAAACGUGGUGCGGGUCCUGCUCUCCCGUCAGGCUGACCCCAACAUUCAGGAGAAUGAAGGGCACACCGCCUUGCAUGUGGCGUCUAACUAUGGGCACAUCAGGCUUGUUAAAAUGCUGGUCAGCCAAGGAGCUGACCUGGAAAAGAAGCAGAGAAACCUCCGGAGUCCACUUCAUCUUGCUGUAGAGAGAGGCAAAUUCAGGGUGGUCCAGUACCUGCUGAAGAGAGGUGCAAGGAUUAACUGCCUAGACCAGAAUUGCUACAGCCCUCUGCAUAUUGCUGUAGCCAAAGGGAAAUCUCUCAUGUGUGAGAAGCUGAUAAAGUAUGGAGCCAACGUGGACCUGAGGACGGACAAAGGGUGGACGCCUUUGCACUUGGCUUCCAUUAAGGGCUAUGUAGAAAUCAUCCGCCUCCUAGUGGACAAUCAUGCCAAUGUGAAUGCCAGAGGCAGCCUGGAUUGGACGCCUUUACACUUGGCAACACGUUACAGUGAAGAGGCCGUUGUUUCUGAGCUGCUGAGAAGCAGAGCAGACCCCAACCUUGCCGAGAAUUCAGGCUGGACCCCACUUCAUCUGGCAGUGCAAAAUGGGUCCUUCGUCAACGUCAUCCAUCUCCUCGAGCACAAGGCAGAGGUCAACACCAAGAACAAAGUGGGCUGGACACCAACACACCUUGCAGUGCUCAAAGAUAACAUGACCAUCUUGAAGACUUUGCUCAAAGCCGGGGCUCUGCUGGAGUUGGAGGACAGUACAGACUGUAGUCCCCUCCAGCUCGCCAUCAGGAACCAGAAGCAAAGCAUUGUGGACUUGCUGCAAGGAAAGGAGUCCCCAGCAGCAAAUUUAAGGAGCCAUGAUGGUUAA